AUGGAAAACCAACUUCAAGAUCUUUCGAUUACUUCAGCUAAUACAAGUCUAGCCAAAGAAGAACAACAACUAGGCGAAGAAACGGUGGGCUUGCAAGCACAGAGUCUUGUAAACACAUUGGCCUUACCCAUGGUUUUCAAAGCCGCCUUGGAGCUUGGGGUCAUAGACACAAUGGCAGCCCUAGAUGAAGGUGUGUGGCUCUCAUCUUCUCAGAUUGUGCUUCGUCUCCCAAUCAAACCCACCAACCCGGAGGCACCGGUUUUGUUGGACCGUAUGCUGAUUUUACUAGCUAGCCACUCGAUCUUGAAGUACCGUAUGGUUGAAACUGGAGAAAACGUCCAAACCGGAAAGACGGAGAGGGAAUAUGCAGCUGAACCGGUUUGCAAGUUUUUCUUGAGAGACGGGACAGGUUCUCUCGCUUCUCGAUUCAUGGUAAACCAUAGCGAAGUCUAUUUCAAGACUUGGACAAAUCUCAAAGAUGUGAUAUUAGAAGGAAAGGAUGCAUUCACCUCUGCUCAUGGCAUGAAACUUUUCGAAUACGUUUCGUCGAACAAACAAUUCGGUGAGAUGUUUAACAAGGCAAUGUCGGAAGCUUCCACAUUGACCAUAGAGAAGGUUUUAGAAGUUUACAAAGGAUUCGAAGAUGUAAACACUUUGGUAGAUGUUGGUGGAGGCAUUGGAACAGUCUUAGGUCUAGUGACUUCAAAGUAUCCUCAUAUUAAAGGCAUCAAUUUCGAUCUACCCUCGGCUAUAGCACAAGCUCCUCUUUAUCCUGGAGUGGAGCAUGUUUCAGGAGAUAUGUUUAUAGAAGUUCCAAAAGGAGAUGCUAUUUUCAUGAAAUUGGUACUACAUGAUUGGAAUGACGAAGACUGUGUAAAGAUUCUUAAGAAUUGUUGGAAAAGUCUUCAUGAAAAAGGAAAAGUGAUAAUAGUCGAGAUGGUUAGGCCAGUAAAACCAAAGAUCAACGAUGCUUCGUCUAAAGUUGUGCUGGCCAGAGACAUGGUGAUGUUAACGUUGUGCUCGGGUGGUCAAGAGAAGUCUCUUUCUCAGUUCGAGACUUUGGCCUUUGAUUCAGGUUUUCGUCGUUGUGAAAUCAUUUGUCGUGUAAAUUCAUAUCAUGUCAUCGAAUUCCAUAAAUAG